ACAAGUCUCAACACAACCACUCAUUGAAUGCAGAAAACAGUGAAAAACAUUUUACGACAGACUUUGAGAGAAAAGUCUCUGAAAAAUAGUUUCAAUGGUUUUGUGUUAUGUUUUUCGGACUCAAUGUAUAGUUUGUUAGUUAUGUUUUGAAAUACCAUUUGUAUUGUCAUUAAGUUUGCAAACUUGUGGUUAAUGUUAUGUAUGAUUACUAUUACUAGUGAUCUGUUAUAUAGUGUUAAUAAAUAGUGAAUUAAUCGGUGAAUCGAUGGCCGAUCUGUUAAUAGCGGAUAAAGCGGUGAAUGGAGUGAACGGUGCGAUAGAGUCCACACAAACUCUCAUCAACUUUAAUAAUAACGAUAUAAUCAAUGAUAACAACGCUAUUAAUGGUAUUAAUAGUAUUGACGAGAGUUUAAUAAUAAUGGAUACAAAUGUAUCGGCAAAUAGCGGUCAUAUCGACGAUAACAACGAUAAUAACAAUACCAUUAAUGGCUUGAAUGGUAGCGACAAACCCGACGCCGACUCUCAUAUAGUGAACAACCAUUCAAUUGAUAUGAAUGUUAUGAAUGACGAUAGUUUCCUAUCGGACAACAGCACGAACGCAGAUCACGACCAACACAUCCAACACCGAGUCCUCCACUUAGAGCGCAAAGUCACUGAACAGUCCGAUGAAAUCGUGUGCCUCAGGAGUACAUUGGCUGAUGUGCUCCGAAGAGUUACUCAGUUAGAAGGCAGAGCACCUGUUGUUACGUCCAAUACUGUGCCCAAUAAUGCGCUCAAUAAUAAAGGAUUACAUUUGUCUCCAAUGAGAAUGAACUCGAAUUCGACAUCAAUUUAUAGUCCGAACACAAGAAAUAAUUAUAGUCGAGACCUAAAUCUCAAUUACAAUCACAACACUAAUGGUAAUGCACUGAAAGUCAAUCUCAUGAAUGGUGGCACCGGUGGAGGCCAUCACACUAUGAAUGGCAACGGAACCGCAGCUAAUGGCCACCGAAGGCUUUCACACUAUCCGUCCAAUAAUUCAUUGUACAGCGAAAGACUUAACAGUAGUUCAAACAGUGGGUCUCCCAUACCGUCUCCCUCGCCAUCGCAGACGUCGAUGACAUACCGGGCCAUUACUCCCACCGCUUCGCCCAGACAUACACCACAACGUGAUGUCCGUUCCUAUUCUGCCUCCACCUCUAACUUGGUUUCAAUGCGCAAAUGGUCUGCGAGUCAAGAGUUUCGGGGAAAUAGUCUCGAAAUGGCCAAUAAAAAGAUGACUAGUGGGUCGCUCUUCAAUCUGCAUGUUAUGAGACCCUCAUCUGCCGCAGCAAUCAAUCACAUCAGACACGGCACUAAAGAGGCGACUUAUAAUCAAGAGGACGGCAUAAUUCGGGUGUACCUUCGAGGACAUCCACUGGUGAUGCACAUACCGACAGACCUUUUGCACAGCUAUUCCAUCAACAAAGUCAAUAGUCCGCCCACACAACGACUCAAACUGGAAUGGGUUUAUGGCUAUAGAGGCCGUGAUUGUAGGCAUAACCUGUUCCUAUUACCCACCGGUGAAAUUGUCUACUUUAUCGCUGCCGUUGUUGUCUUGUAUAACGUUGAGGACCAGAUCCAAAGACAUUAUUUGGGACAC